AUUUUAGGGAACAUAGAUAUAAUUAUUUAUACAAGAGAAAAUGAGUAUUAAAAAAUGUGUUGUAUUGAUGGUGGUGGUGUUGGUAGUUUUGGUGGCUAUGGUAGAAGAAGUAGAAGGGCGUUCAACCCCAUAUGGUAGAUGCAUGGACCUUUGCAUGAUCAAGUGCAACCCUUUUUUUACACAUCCGGAAAAAUACUGUAGAGAUAAAUGUAAUCGCAAAUGUCACAGACUUUAUCCAUCUCAAUCAUCCCAGAUGGAAUCAAUAGGAAUGAGAAACAUAAAUGGGUAGAUAAGUUGACAAAAUAGUCGAUAUUUUUGUAAGCUUGUUGAAGUUUUCAUAUCAAUAAAAAAUAAUUUUCAAUAUU